CCCGAAUUUGUGCAGAUUCCCUCGCUGUGCGGCCACUGGCCACCAGGAACACGGGUUGAGAGCUUUGCUCUGAAGCAGCCGCACAUUUCCUGGUGGGCUGAAGGCUCCACGUGAGAACCCCCCGCCCCUUCAUUCACGUCAGAAGCUUGAUCAGUGGGCCCUCCACGCUCGCUUCCUUUGUCGUCUGGGAGCAGCGCCACAAUGAACGAGGCACAGGAGCCCCUGGCCAUGACUGUGCACCUCCUCGCUAACUCUGGCCACGGCGCGCUUCUGCAGCGAACUCUCGACCAGCUCCUGGACUGCAUUUGCCCGGAGGUUCGUCUCUUUCUGGUGUCAGAGAGGGUCAGUCCAGUGAAAGACUACGACAAGUGUCAUUCCAAGAGGUCACGGUUCCCGGGGGUGUCUGUGUUGCUCUUCCUGCAGGAAAGCCUCGGAGAGGAGCGGCUAUUUCGAGUUCUGGACUCCCUGCAGCAUUGGCCGUGGCAGUGCUACCCCACCCGGAAUGCCCAGGGAAGACCGUGUCCCCACAUUCUUGCCAAUCAGGAGUUCUACAGUCUGGACAACCAGAUGCCGGUCUGGGGUGUGAGGCAGGUGCACUGCGGGACUGAGAUCCUGAGGGUGACGCUCUACUGCAGUUUUGAUAACUACGAGGACGCCAUCAGACUCUACGAGAUGAUCCUGCAGAGGGAAGCCACCUUGCAGAAGAGCAACUUCUGCUUCUUCGAGCUCUACGCCACCGAGAGCUUUGCUCUGCAGCUCUCCCUGAAGCAGCUGCCUCUGGGAAUGUCAGUGGACCCGAAAGAGUCUUCGGUGCUGCAGUUCAAGGUUCAAGAGAUCGGCCAGCUAGUGCCUCUUCUACCCCAUCCGUGUGUCCCCAUCAGCCGCACCAGGUGGCAAACACAGGACUAUGAUGGCAACAAGAUUCUGCUGCAGGUCCAAUUGAAUCCAGGACUUGGUGUUAGGAAUGGCGAGCUUUCCUUUCUGAAUGGCAUCUCGGGAGCUGACACACUUCCCCAGGGCUCCAGGCUGACCCCUGACUCGGCAAGAAGCACUCUAGAGCCGAGGAGCCGAAGGAGCCGGGGCAGGAGGGUCCAGGUGGGUUCUUUGGAGCGCCCUGAGCCCGGAGGGAGCACAGCAUCAGACAGCUCUAGUGGCACUUCGUGGAAAAGCCCUGGUUCCUCAUUCCAGGCCAGCAGCCCAGCCGCGGGCACCCCGCUGCAUCUGCCUUCUCUUCACCUUGAACCUGGGGCCAGAAUGAAGGUCCUCAGCCAGGAAAACAGCUCCGAGAAGCUGGAGGCAGAGACGAGUGUUGACACAGGGUUCACCAUGGUCAAUUCUGAACCCAGGCCAUCUUUUCUGAGCAGAUUUCCAAGGGAUCCGUGGAGCAGCCAGCCACCAUCCUGCUUGCCAGUCUCCUCCUUAGGGGCAGCUGCUUCCAAAAACAACAGAAGCUUUAAGGAAAGGGUUCAUCCUUUGUCACUUGCUGGCCAAAGGAAAUGUGGAGCAAGGACGAUAAUCUCAAAAUGUCCCCUUCAUCUGCCAGUCCAGGAUGGAGAAAAAGAAGAAGAAGAAUUCUUUAUAUAGCAUAAAACAAAUGUGGUUUUCUAAAACACAAGAUCAGCUACAAUGUUCUAGAAAUGGAGCACUGACUCAGAAUCAGCCUGUUUCUUAUCCAUCUGAGGGGGGCUGAAGGCUAGCCAUGCACGGAUCUGUAUUGCUUUUAUUUCAAAUGUUCAAAAUCUAAUGGUGCCGUGGUUGUUUAUUUGCUGUCGUGGUCAUAAGGGAACACAGCCAAUGCACUGGGGAAAAGCCCAGCGCCUCGUGUCCUUGGAGACACACGAACCCAGCUGGAUGUGUUGAAUUGAGCAACUAUCAGGAUAAUUGCAUUGUAUGCAAAUGAGUUGGAUAUGCCACGCAAUGCUGAUUAGUGUAUGUAAUUUGGUUUUAAUUUUUACUUGGGUUGCAUAGCUCAUUCCCCUGGACAGCAUGGACUAUUUAUUCUUCAGCGUUUUUUAAUUUUUAUGUGACCUCCUUUGGUAACGAGGCCCCGUUCACCACAUGCUCUCUAGUGAUUUUGCCUGUAAAGCUGUUUGCCUCUGGAAUGAGUUAACAUGCAAAGUGUUUUGAAAAUUACAAACAAUUUAUUUUUUUCUUGUUUAAUGAGCAGAAACACUGGAAGCCAAAAAAUUAGGUUAAAAAUGAAAGCUGGGCUCUAGGGGUUUCCUGCUCCGUUUCUCAUUUGUUUCUGCAUUGCUCCAAUGGGGCCAGUGGUUCACGUUAUUAACCAAAGAGGAAUGUGAUCUGAUUGGAAGGUUCGCGAUCUCCACUGAGCGUGGCAGGGAGAUUGCAUUGGUCAGGUCACUGGAGCAGGACUUGGGUUCUUCUGGCCAUGUCCAAAUUCCUAAAUUCCUUUGCAAUACUCAUUCAUUCAUUUACAUAUUUAUUUAAUAAGCAUUGAUUGAGCACCUAAGUUUGAAUAAGACAUUGAUAUAUGGCACACGUAUAUUCUAUGGCCAUCAAACCCGAAAAGUGUUUAUGGUUUCACCAGUACGAUAAAUCCAUUCUAUCAACUCUUAAGAAUAACUCCAAACAUAUUCCUCUGCGAGCUUUUUCCACAGCUGAUUCCCACACCUGGUGCACAAGGCUGCAGUAAGCAUUUAUAACCCGCAGAUGGAGUCUGAGCAUAUUAUAAAUUACAAUUAUAAUCCUAAUGGACUAAUUCUCAAUUGCUCAUAUUUUCAGAAGCAUAUUUUGGUUGGGUCUAUACACACAUUACAAAAAAUCUGAGGUCUGUGUGUUUCAGUUAAUUGAUAAUGUUAUUCGACUCCAUGAACUUCAUUUUCCAGGACAGAUGUUACAUAGACUAUAAAUGCUGAUUUAGCUGGAUCUUUUGGAGACCCUGAUACUUAGUACACCCAAUCGGAGAGAAGGAUGAGUUCAGGCCUACGGUCGAAUCUUAUGGCAACUGGACUGGGUGAGCUGGGGUGCACGGGCCGGCUAGAAGAACAGAAAUGGAGGAGAGUGGCAAUGGACAAAGAGAAGACUUCUAAAUUGAUUUUUUUUCUUUUGUCCUUACAACAUCAAUAUAUUCUCAUUUUCUUUCUCUUCCUUCAAUUAAAGUUAGAUCUUAGAAAGUGGAAUAAAGAACUUAAUUUUGGUAUGGUUUUCUAUAAUAAGAGUUAAAAAAAUGAAAGUCUUAUUGAAGUUGAACUGUUGAGCUGCCUUGAAAUGCAAAGCAGGGGAAGUUCUGAAAUUUCUUUCCCACUUUUCUUGAGGUUACCGAAAUUUCUUUAACAUAAUCCAUGGGUAAGAAUAUAAGUACAUGGAAAUUAUGAAGAAUAUUGAGAAAUUUGAAUGAGUACCUUACAAAAUUGACUUGUAAAAUAAUGCACUCUUAAAUGUCACCUACUCUAUCCUCCUUCUCAACACGAGAAUCUGAUUUACAACUUGAUGGAUGGAAAUUCUGAUGGGCAAGGUGGGGGAGGCCCAGAUUUUGGUUUCAGCUUUUAAUUUUACUAUUUAUGUGACCUUGAACUGUCAGCUUCUUUGAUCCUCUGUUGCCUUAACUACAUAACAAAAGGUUGUUAGGAGAAUCGAGAUUAUGCAUAGGAAAGCAUUUGGAUGUUGUUAAGCACUAUAAAUAUGUAAAAUAUUAUUAUUA